GUCUCUCCUCUGUCCUUCCUCCUCUCUUCUAGCUCUAUUUCUCAUGCUUUCUGCGGCCACCAGUUCGCCUUCUUCUCCCUAACUAAACUCGAAAGAAAGGAGGGAGGGAAGAAGAGAAAGGAAUACCUUUUCCUUUCUCUUGCAUCGAUCUAGAGUUAGGGUUUGUUGUGUCGAUCGAUGGCCGCGUCGAUGUCGAAUAGGAGUAAGGACAUGGAUCGGAUCAAGGGGCCCUGGAGCCCGGAGGAGGACGAGGCGCUCCAGAGGCUGGUCCAGAAGCACGGGCCGAGGAACUGGUCUUUGAUCAGCAAGUCUAUCCCGGGGAGGUCCGGGAAGUCGUGCCGGCUCCGGUGGUGCAACCAGCUCUCGCCGCAGGUGGAGCACCGCCCCUUCACGCCGGAGGAGGACGAUACCAUCAUCCGCGCCCACCGCCGCUUCGGAAACAAGUGGGCCACCAUCGCCCGCCUCCUCUCCGGCCGGACCGACAACGCCAUCAAGAACCACUGGAACUCCACCCUCAAGCGCAAGUACUCCUCCGCCGCUGUCGCUCCCGCCAUCGACGACGCCGCCCUGGUGGCCGCGGACGAUGCGGCGGCUCGGCCUCUCAAGCGGUCCAGCAGCGUCGGGCCGGUCCUCUCCUCCGGCGGCGGGCUCUGCUUGAGCCCCGGUAGCCCCUCCGGUUCCGACCUCAGCGAUUCCAGCCACCCUUUGAUCUCCCCCGUCGUCGCCGCGGCCGCAUCGGCGUCCCACAUCUACCGCCCGGUGCCGAGGACCGGCGGCAUCGUCCCACCGACCUCAUCUGCUCACCAGCACCAUCAUACCGAAGCAACCGCAGCUGUAUCCUCCACUCUCCAAACCAACAACGACGAUCCGGUCACCUCCCUUUCUCUAUCCCUCCCGGGAUCGGACAAGCCCGAGCCAUCCGACCACCACCGAGCUAACCAAGACCAGCUUCAGCUCCUGGCGGCGCCAGCGCCCCUGGCGCAGGCGAUGGACCUCCACCCGCCGCCUCCGCCCCUGGCGCAGGCGACGCCUCUCCACCCGCCGCCUCCGCCGCCCACGAUGGCCAGCCCCUCCGCCGCCGACGAGCGGAGGAGGCCGCCGGAGGAGGAGAGGCGGCCGGCGUUCCCCUUCAGCGCCGAGUUCCUGGCGGUGAUGCAAGAGAUGAUCCGCAACGAGGUGAGAAACUACAUGUCGGGACUGGAGCAGAGCGGUAUGAUGUGCGUGCAACCUCCGCAGGAGAGCAUCCGCAACGCCGCCAUCAAGCGGAUCGGCGUCACCAAGAUCGAGUAGUAGUUUAGCUCCAAAUCGAACGAUCGACGGAACGAAAGAAAGAAUUGAGGAUGGAAUAGGUCUUCGAAGAAGAAGAAGAAGAAGAAGAAGACGAAAAGGCUUCUGUAGAUGUUAAGUUCUCUAAGCUUACGUUUUCUUUCCCUUUUCUUUAAUUAAAAUCUGUUCUGUAUCUCUCUCCUUCCCUCCCUCCUUUCUUUGCCGAGUCUAUACAAAAAUAAGGUGGAUGAAGGGUUUUUUGUUUUUUUUGGUUGUUGUACAGAAAAGAGAUCAAGUGGGGGGGCAAAUCUGUUGAAGAUGUUUAGAAAUUGAUGAAGAGAAAACAAGAAAAAAAUUGCAGUUUUUAUUUUCGUCCAA